CCUCACCCAGUCACUCUCGUCUCUCUCCCUCACUCCCUCAUAAUUUCCAUUUUCCUUCGGAUUCAGCCUUCAAAAAACGCUAGCCUUCACAGGUCCGCUCUCCUCUCUCCCUCUCCCUGACCCUGAUCCAGUCCCUGACCCUGACGCUAGCCUUCAUAAUUAACCUUUUUAAUUUAAGAAAAACAUAAAGAAUGGCUUAUCAAAAUAAAGGAGACGCUGGACGUAUAAAAUAUUUGAUAAAGAUUGCGUAACGAGUAAAUGCGGAGAAUCUUUGUCAAGACAAUUGGGAUCGUGCUAAACCCUCGUCCUCUCCUCUCUUUGCCGCCGCCACUCCAUUUUCUAUCUUCCGCACCAUCUUCCUCAACGAAGCUUCUCUGCAGGCUCUGUCCUCUUCCAUUCUCUUCUCUAGCCACGACGUCGGCUACUCAUAACAUGUCCGAUGCCGAAUCCGAAUUCGUGGAAUGGCCGGCGAACCGUGUCAGGGACACUUUUAUCAAGUUUUUCGAGGAGAAGAACCACGUAAACUGGCAGUCCAGCCCGGUUGUGCCGGUCAACGAUCCAACUCUACUAUUUGCUAAUGCUGGUAUGAAUCAGUUCAAGCCCAUCUUUUUGGGUACGGCUGACCCUAACACUGCCUUAAGCAAACUGACUCGUGCCUGCAACACCCAAAAGUGCAUUCGAGCUGGCGGAAAGCACAAUGAUCUUGAUGAUGUAGGGAAAGACACGUACCACCACACCUUCUUUGAGAUGCUCGGUAACUGGUCAUUUGGUGACUAUUUUAAGAAAGAAGCCAUUGAAUGGGCUUGGGAACUUCUUACAGAGGUUUAUAAACUACCUAAAGAUCGUUUCUAUGCCACAUAUUUUGGUGGUGAUGAGAAACUGGGUCUUGCUCCUGACAAUGAAGCUAGAGACGUAUGGCUUAGAUUUUUACCACCAGCACGUGUGCUGCCUUUUGGAUGCAAAGACAAUUUUUGGGAGAUGGGUGAUACUGGUCCUUGUGGACCUUGCACUGAAAUUCACUAUGAUAGGAUUGGUAAUCGGGACGCUGCAUCAUUAGUUAACAAUGACGAUCCUACAUGCAUUGAGAUUUGGAACCUUGUCUUUAUCCAGUUCAAUAGGGAAAGCGAUGGUUCCCUAAAGUCUCUACCUUCUAAGCAUGUUGAUACUGGCAUGGGUUUUGAAAGAUUGACGUCUAUACUUCAAAGAAAGAUGAGCAACUAUGAUACCGAUGUGUUUCUGCCCAUAUUUGAUGCAAUCCAAAAUGCAACUGGGGCUCGAUCAUACUCUGGAAAAGUUGGACCAGAUGAUCUAGACAGAGUUGAUAUGGCAUACAGAGUUGUUGCAGAUCACAUUAGAACUCUUUCAUUUGCCAUUGCUGAUGGAUCUUGUCCAGGCAAUGAGGGUCGUGAAUAUGUUCUGAGGCGUAUUCUUCGUCGGGCUGUUCGUUACGGAAGUGAGGUAUUAAAAGCUCAAGAAGGAUUUUUCAAUGGGCUUGUAAAGGUUGUGGUUGAAGUUAUGGGUGAGGUUUUUCCAGAGCUAAAACAAAAUGAAGCACGCAUCAGGGACAUAAUUACAGAAGAGGAAGCAAGUUUUGGAAAGACUUUGCUCAAGGGCAUUGAGAAAUUUAAGAAGGCUGCUCAGGAUGUUCAAGGGAAGAUAUUAAGUGGGCAGGAUGCAUUUGUUUUGUGGGAUACGUAUGGCUUCCCGUUAGAUUUGACCCAGUUGAUGGCUGAAGAAAGGGGCCUACUUGUUGAUGUUGAGGGUUUCAAUAAUGCCAUGGACGAGGCAAGAGAAAGAUCAAGGAAUGCUCAAAAUAAGCAAGCUGGUGGUGCUAUUGUUAUGGAUGUGGAUGCUACUGCAGCAUUGCACAAGAACGGGAUUGCUGCUACAGAUGAUAACUCCAAAUUUAUUUGGUUCAAGGACCAUGAAAGUGUUAUAAGAGCAAUUUACACUGGGUCCCAGUUCUUGGAAAGUGUUGUUUCUGGCAGUGAAGUUGGUAUAGUUCUUGAAUCUACGAGUUUCUAUGCUGAGCAAGGUGGUCAGAUUUUUGAUACUGGAUCACUGGAUGGUCCCUGUGGCUCAUUUCAAGUUAGUAAUGUUCAAAUUUAUGGAGGUUUCGUUCUUCAUAUUGGUUCUUUUUCUGGAGAGAGUGGCAAAUUCUCCUUGGGUGACAAAGUAAUCUGUAAGGUUGACUACGACAGGCGUAAGCUCAUUGCCCCUAAUCAUACCUGUACUCACAUGUUGAACUUUGCUCUCAGGGAGGUGCUUGGAAAUCAUGUUGACCAGAAGGGAUCUAUUGUUCUUCCUGAAAAAUUAAGAUUUGACUUUUCACAUGGCAAGCCAGUAGAUCCUGAUCAUUUGAGAAGGAUUGAGUCAAUUGUGAAUGAUCAAAUAAAAGCUGAAUUAGAUGUGUUUGCUAAGGAGGCAACUCUUUCUGAAGCCAAACGUAUAAAUGGUUUGCGAGCUGUUUUUGGUGAAGUGUAUCCUGAUCCAGUUAGAGUUGUGGCAAUCGGACGAAAGGUUGAGGACCUUCUGUCUGAACCAGAGAACAAUGAAUGGCUAUUGAUUUCUGCAGAACUCUGUGGAGGGACACAUAUAUCGAAUACACGGGAAGCUAAGGUAUUUGCCCUAUUAUCUGAGGAGGGAAUUGCAAAGGGAGUACGGAGGAUUACUGCUGUCACAACUGUAACUGCUUCUAACGCAAUAGAGUUAGCAAACUUACUUGAGAAGGAAGUAUGCGAUGCAUCUACGAUAGAAGCGAGCAAGCUGGAAAAGACAGUAGCUUCUUUGAAAAGUCGUGUGGACUCAGCACCUAUUCCAGCAGCCAGAAAAGCAGCUAUCAGGGCAAAAAUUUCCGUACUUCAGAAUCAAGUGAGAAAGCUGCAAAAGAAGAUUGCUGAAGAGAAUGUACAGAAAGCUGUCAAGGUCACAACUGAGGCAGCUGAAGUUGCUGCUUCCGAUGGGAAGGCAUUCUGUAUAUCCUGUGUUGAUGUUGGAUUGGAUGCAGCUGCAGUACGCGAAGCAGUUCUGAAAGUCUUGGAACAGGGGAUAUCUGCUAUGGUUUUCAGUAGGGAUGGAACCACCAAUAAGGCAGUGGUGUGUGCUGGGGUGCCAGAGAAAGCAGAUAAGGGUUUGGAGGUGUCAGAAUGGUUGACUGAAGCUUUGGGGCCUCUAAAAGGACGAUGCGGUAAAGGGAAAGGUGGUCUUGCAUCGGGCCAGGGAACAGAUGCAUCACGUGUAGAUGAGGCAAUCAAUUUGGCAACAACAUUUGCAUCAAUGAAGUUGAAAUGAUAUAUCAUGCGAAGUCUGUUUCCCAUGGAGGAAAGCAUGGCCUCAUUCCAGCUAAAUGAGAUUUUUAGCACUCACAACUAAAUGAU